AACCCUCUUCGCCAUGCCCUAAACGCUCCUCCAGCAAGAGGCCAUGCCUCGCCCUCCUGCCUCCCAAUCAAUUACCACAUCACCUCUCAAAUCCGCUCCCAGGGCUUUUCCCACUCCAUCUCUCCAUGAUCAACACAUCCGCAUGUCCUACGAGAUAGCUCGAGGCGAGCAAGGAGUUUUGACUUUCGAGCCCUACAAGUCCAUUUUACUCCCUCAUUGGCGAUUCCGGAGCGUUGCGAUUGCAGAAGAGUCUUCGAAGACGCUGAAGCGCGCAUUCGAUCAUUAUGUCGAGUGUGAGGAUUUUGUGGGAAGUGAUAUGGCGAGGAAGUUUAUACAGAUGGGUAUGACGAGGGCUCGUCGGUAUGCGAAUCAUAAAGGCGGAAAGAAAUACGAAAAAUCAUCACUCGAGCUCGAACGUGAACGCGCUGCGCAGUCAGGAGGCGAGGUUGGUAACCCCAAUCACUCCAAGUUGAAACGUGUGGAGCUUCCCAAGAGCACUGGACAUGCCGGUCGGGAGGACAAGCUAGCAGCCAGUGAGAUUUUUAAGGCGCUGUGGCGAGAGUGCACGAGUGAUGAGGCAUAUCUCAAGCUCAAAGGUGAGUGGCAGAAGGAGAAGAAGGAGUGGUUGAAGGCGGGAGGUAAGGUUCAGAAGGAUGAUGGGAUUUGGAAGGGAUAUGAGCAUGAUGGGGGGAGAAAGGUCGCCGUGAAGGAAGAGAAGGACAUCGACAGUAUAAACGGGAAAACAAGAACCGGAUAAUAUCAUGAGAUGAGCAUUAAGAAAGAGAAGAUGAAAGUGACUGGUGAGGGAUUACGGACCGGUUGAGGUCGAUGAAUGGAUUCGAGUAUCUGGCUGUCGUAUGCACAUCGCGACUUCUUGACGAGCGAGCAUACAUGUAUGUAUGGUGUUGCAAAGAUCAUUAGACACACAAGGCGGUAGCCGUGCGCAUCUCUCAAAGCCGCAAAGUGAGCUGAACUUGGAGAACUUUCCUCGUGGUGCUCCAAGCGGUUUCCAGUCUCAGCACAUUUCUGAAAACUGUGUUAUACUUCAUGCAUCAUCAUCAUAACUUCCUAGGAAUAUUUACGUCUGGUAGUUCUCUUUCCGCGCUUUAUGCGCACCAGAAGCUCUUUCGUAUUCAAAACGCCUCCCUUGUAAAUGUAUGGCUUUCCCAUUCCAUGAUUCAUCGUGACAUCAGCAUCUAAGGUCGUUGGAUCUUAUUGUCUCCCGUCGCUUGUUGGUACGAUGGCGGUGGCGCAUCUUCCUCGCCACUAGGACCUGCUUGUGAAGAAGAAGGAUGCACAGCAGCUGCCCCUGGGUGUGGUUGCGGUUUCGUCUGUUGUUGGGCGAACUGCGCAUUUGGUGCGCUCGCAUUUACAGUGCCAUAGCUUUGUCCUCCUUGUCCCUGCGGUGCAUACUGUGGCUGCCCGUUCGUUUGAACAUAGUAAUAUGUCACUGUGCCACGCUCGGCGUCCUGCUGGGCCACUCGCUCGUAUGUCGGAUCGGGCGUGAUCGCGAUGAUGUACCAAGCAUGUAGGAGGCCUGGGAGGUAUGCGAGACAGCAGAGAAGGAUAUUGAUCAGACUGUCAGCGCUGCAAAGGCCACGCUUGACCCAGACUGCGAGCGGCGGGAACAGGAUCGCGAUGAGGCCCAGGAGGAUGUCGCUUCCGCACAUGGUCGAGAGCUGUGCGAGUGCGUGUGCUGAGGGGAAAGUUCGUCGCGGUUUGUCUGAGGACGAGGUGAAAGCAGU